UGCUUCAAAAGAGUAGAACUACGACAGACCACGUGACCUUUUUCUUGAUUAAAACACCAAGCAGGAAGACUUUGAGAGGAAGUGCUGCCGCAGCAGCAGCGAUGAGUUCGACACAAACAGGCCUGAUGUUGGCAAGCCUGCUGCUCAUCACCCUGUGUGAGGGGAUGGCGGCCAUGUUUGACAGCAGGUUUGACAACCACUGGGAGCUGUGGAAAGGAACACACAGUAAGGUGUACCAGAGUCAGGAGGAGGACAUUUUCCGCCGGGUUCUGUGGGAGAAGAACCUGAUGCUCAUCACUAAACACAACCUGGAGGCCUCGAUGGGGCUUCACACCUACGAUCUGAGCAUGAACUUCAUGGGAGACCUGACAGAAGAGGAGAUUCUGCAGUUUUUUGCCACGCUCACUCCUCCCACCAACCUCCAGAGGGCGCCAUCUCCCUUCGCUGGAGCCACGGGUGCUAAAGUGCCAGACACAGUGGACUGGAGAGAGAAGGACUGUGUCACUAAAGUCAAAAUGCAGGGCUCCUGCGGCUCCUGCUGGGCUUUCAGUGCUGCGGGUGCUCUCGAGGGUCAGCUGGCCAGAAAGACAGGAAAGCUGGUGGACCUCAGUCCCCAGAAUCUUGUGGACUGCUCAACGAAGUACGGCAACCACGGCUGCAACGGUGGAUUCAUGCAUCACGCCUUCGAAUACGUCAUCAAAAAUCCUGGCAUUGACUCCGAUGCUUCAUACCCAUACAAGGGAGUUGAUGGUCAGUGCCUCUACAACCCAGCAUACAGAGCAGCCAACUGCUCCAGCUACAGCUUUCUGCCUGAGGGGGAUGAGUCAGCCCUGAAGGAGGCGGUUGCCAACAUCGGACCCAUUUCUGUGGCCAUUGAUGCCAGGCAGCCCAGAUUUGCUUUCUACAGGAGUGGAGUUUACAACGACCCGUCCUGCACCCAGAAAGUGAACCAUGGAGUGUUGGCUGUAGGCUACGGUGCUCUGAACGGACAAAAUUAUUGGCUGGUGAAGAACAGCUGGGGGACUUCCUUUGGAGAUCAGGGAUACAUCCGGAUGGCACGCGACCAGAACAAUCAGUGUGGCAUCGCUCUUUACGGAUGUUACCCCAUCAUGUAGCUGAAGCCAAACUGAAUUAGAUGAAACAUUUUCUUUUAGCUGCAACUCAACAGUUAAAAUUUAAGUAAUGUUAAUGUUUUAAUUUAGUAUUUUUACUUUUGAAAAACUACUUGAUUUCUUUGCCGAGACAGUGAUUCACACUUGCAGUUAUCAUAUGUGGCAGAUUUAUACUUUUCUCUUACAGAAAGACACAUCAGAGAUAUUUUUAAUAAAUGUAAAAAAUGUGAGGUUAUAGUCAACUAGUAAUCCUGGAACUUAGAAUGAAAUCAAGAGCGAAGACAAAAUUAUAAUGAUCCUGUAUUUAUGUGUGACACCUGACUGGGCUGGCUCUAGUAUAAAUGUAAAGUCUUGCCUCCAUGUAAACAAAUGGGACAUGCUUUAGAUUUAAAACAGUAAAUCAAAAGAAUUUUCUAGGUGUUGACUGUUGUUUUGUGGUCUUAACCUUCUGGAUUAACUAAGCAAAUAUAUAAAAGCCUCCCAUUGGAUAA